AUGGAAGGACUUGGCUAUUUUCUGCAAACCCUUUCUAAUAGUAAUGAAGAUUGGCAGUGGCAUGUUGAGCAUGUUAUGAUCUUCUGUCGUAUUCACUUUCUACGUGGAGUUGAAGAGGUUGUUGGAAAAUGUCAACAGCAUACAGAGCUUUUCAAGCGAAUGAUGGCUUUACUAGACUGUGAGAGUGAGGAGGAUUAUAUUGAGCUGGUCCAGCAUCUACUACAUACUGCUGAUCCUGAAUCAAAACAGGAGGGUUGGGCUCUUCAUAAAGCUGACCCAGUUAUAGCUGCAGGACUUAAUAAAUCCCGCUCUCGCAUGGAUUCUGAAGACUUUGAUGAAGCUACAGCUCAUACUAAUGCAGCAGAGCAAACUCAUGAGAAGGGGCUAGCAAUGGGAAGAGCUUUAAGUAUUGUGAAGGCGGUACAAACUGGCUAUCACCUUGAUAAGCGAGACAUGGCACAAUAUGAUACUCGAGAUCUCUAUGGAAUUCGGCAUUCUUAUUCUAAGCGAAGUGGGUCAGACCUAUUCGCAGAGAGUUUAAGAAGAGGUCCGUAA